GAAAAAAAUAAUUCCCUCUCCCGGUCACGCUCGUACUCGUCGCAUCCUCCACAAGCCAAAAUCAACGGACGACCGGAAUCUUUUGCAAAUCCAAAUCCAUCAUUCUCACUGUCACACACCCCCAUCUCGCUUUCCGGUUUCUUCGCUCCGUCCCUCUCUCGAUCUCUUUAGAAUGUGAAAGCAAGAAGAAAGCAACACAGCAGCAUAAUAAGAAAGCUUAAAUCCUCCUCGCAGAUCAGAAAAAUGCCGGAGCUAGCAGCAGCUGCACAACCUUCUCUCCACCUCCAGCAUUCCUCCGCCUCCGCCGCCGUGUUCAGCGCCCGAGACGCCAGCCCCGACUCCGUCAUCUUCACGCAGGACUCCUCCAACUUCAGCAUCUUCUCCUCCGCCUCCGCCAGCGUCGACCGCUGCUCCUUCGCCUCCGACGCUCACGAUAACGACUCCCCCGCCUCCGACUUCUCACUGCAUUUGGCAGUGAGUGGAGGAGGUGAGCUCGAACAGCAGCUGGACAGCUGGAGCGGUCCAGAUCACCGGCGAGAUCCAGAUCCAAGCAAGGCCGGUGUGCUACAGACCAACCAGAACAAGCUCGCCGGCGGUGAGGCCGCUCGGCUUUCGUCGUCCAGGAAGGGAGAAAAAGUGAAAGCAGCUCAACAAAAGGACAAUAACCACAACUGCGACACAGCUGCUAUUAUUUCUGCACAAGAGGCCGAGAGUCACUUGCUGGAUUCAGCUAGGAGCUCCUUCUCUCUCGCUCUCAAAGGUACAUCAGGGGAGCUCCUCUUUCCUAUAAGAGCUUUUUGUUUCGUUGCGGCAGAGUGUCAAGAUCGGAGAUCCAGAUCUGAAGCUGUCACGAAGAAGGCCGACAGAAGAAGACCUGCUUCGCUAGAUUUGAACAAUGUCGUCCCCGCUUCCUCGCCGCGAUUAGCUGCCGCCGUGGUUAAGAGCUCGCUCUCGUCUUCUCGCAAGUCCGGGACGUUUCCUAGCCCCGGAACCCCCAACUACCGCCACGCAAGCGUCGGAUUGAUGCAGAAAGGUUGGAGUUCGGAGAGAGUGCCGCUGCAUGCCGGCAGCAAUAGACGCCAGAGCGGCGGCGGCGGUGGCGUGAUGUUCCCUUUCAAUAACGGGAGGACUCUGCCAUCGAAAUGGGAGGACGCCGAGCGGUGGAUUUUUAGCCCCGUCUCUGGUGAUGGUAUUGUCAGGACGUCGGUUCAGCAGCCUCAAAGAAAACCCAAGUCCAAGAGCGGGCCGUUGGGACCUCCCGGCGUUGCUUAUUAUUCGCUAUAUUCACCGGCGGUUCCUGUAAUUGACGGCGGGAAUCUGAAGAAUUUCACGGUUGGUUCUCCCUUCUCCGCCGGUGUAAUUGCUGCUGAUGGAUUUGCUUCUCGUUCUAAUGGCCAGAGAGUUGCCUUCCCUCUUCGCUUAGAGCCUUGCAUGGCUCGUUCUGUUAGCGUCCAUGGCUGCUCUGAGACGUUUAAUCAUAAUAACUCCUUGGCUAAUCAAGAGGAUAGUAGAGUAGAUAGUGUGAAAGAUGCUGCUGCUGAUGUAUCCCGUGCUGUUUCAAGACGAGACAUGGCAACUCAAAUGAGCCCUGCAAGCAGCAACCAUUCAUCUCCAAGCAAAAGGGUGUCGUUCAUGGCUUCCACUCCUUCCUCUGCUAAUUUGCCUAUCGUGGAAGUGCAAAGUGCCCGGUCCUCUAAAUCAGAUGUUAGGGAUGUGGAGGUAGAUGAAAGGGUCACUGUUACGAGGUGGUCAAGAAAGCAUAGGGGCCGAAGCAACCAUAGUAAGGGCUCUGAAAGCGUUGAUGAUUGGAGAAAGAAAGUUGCUGAUUGUCGUUCAUCAGCUUGGGAUAUUUCAGAUACCGCUAAAAGCAUUUCGAAAGCCCAAAGAGAGGAAGCCAAAAUCUCAGCAUGGGAGAGCCUGCAGAAGGCCAAAGCUGAAGCUGCGAUAAGAAAGCUUGAGAUGAAGCUUGAGAAGAAGAGGUCUUCAUCCAUGGACAAGAUAAUGAACAAGCUGAGAUCGGCACAGAAGAGAGCCCAAGGCAUGAGAAGUUCUGUUCUAUCCGACCAGGCUCGCCAAGUUUCAAGGACGUCUUCUGACAAGACUGUAUCCUUCCGCAGAACCCGUCAGAUGGGUACGCUAAGCGGCUGCUUUACCUGCCACGCUUUCUAAAUAGACUACUGGUUGGUGCAAUUCAUUCAGGGUUGGUUUAUAAAGACAAUGUACAGCAGAAGGGGAGCGAGAGAGAGCGAGAACCGCCCAUAGUUUAGUGCCAAGAUGCGUAUUUUUGGUGUCCUCUGAAGCCAAGCCCUCAAGCUAUAAGCUAAGCUAGUUCACGGUUAGAUUUCAGGUACUACAAUUGCAGCAAAACCCUGGUUUGCCAAGUUACUUACCUAUGCGUGAAAGUCUGUCUCCUCAUAAAGGUUGCAGCACAAAAUGAUCCUGGAUGCUUGUGUGUAUGAUGCGUAUAUCCGUGAUUCUUUUGUCUUGCAAGAGAUGCAUAGUUUACUUCGUUUGUCGUCCACCUAUGUAAUCCUCUUUCAGCUGGAUGUGCCCUUUAUAAAAAGCAGGCUGUUAAAGGUUUUAGAAUCAUGAACUCUCUUCCUUGGGAAACAUGAGAUUGGUCUUCCAUUUUUAAGCUACCAGAUCCAGAGUAAACUACUACUUGUAUAAGCUUCAGCCCUAUCUUCUGCGAAUCCUUGCGUUCAUAUCUUCUGUGAAUCCUUGCAU